UUAGUUUUAAUAGUUAGUGUAAACUGUAGUAUAAAGUGCAGUCACAUCAUCGACACGACAUAGACAUUGGGAGGAGGACUAGGACUACGACAACAACAACAACAAUGGACAGGAAGUGCGUGUAUAGGAUUUGCGUCGAUGUCCCGGUCCAAACACAAUGGACUCGUGCGGCUACACGUGUUUACAUCACGCGGCACUCAAUGGACACAAGGAUAUCGUCGAACUGCUGCUAACACUCGAUGCCAAUCCUAAUCUGGUGGACAAUCGCGGCUCAUCGGCCCUACAUUUGAGCGCCUGGACCGGCGAUAACGAAAUUGUGGACAUGUUGUUGACUAAGUCAGCUCACGUGCCAAACAUCAAUCUAAAGAACAACGAUAUGGACACUGCCCUACAUUUUGCCGCACAAUACGGACACACAUCAGUCGUAUCACUAUUACUACAGAGCGGUGCCGACGCUAUGUGUCGUAACUUGAAGGACGAGUCGGCCCUGGAUUUGGCCGCACAGUACGGCCGUACGGAUACAGUUGAACUACUGUUACGUACCCGACCCAGUCUGGCCCGACAUCUAACCGGUAGACACUCGCCCCUGCAUUUGGCUGCACGUAAUGGUCAUCGCACGUGCGUUAAGUUACUCAUUGAUGCCAGAUUUGAUGUCAACUAUUGUACCGAUACGGGCAGUGCCCUACACGAGGCGGCAUUGUUUGGCAAACUAGAAGUUUGUCGACUAUUACUGAAAGCUGGUAUACAUACAGAUUUAGAGGACAGUUAUCAUCGGACAGUUGUCGACAUACUGGUCGAUCUGAAUACACCAAUAGCCAAACAAACAGUCAAACUAAUACGUGAGCACAGUCUACUAUCGGUUAACAACACCGAUACGGACGGCGGUGGCGGCAGCGGUGGUGGCGGCGGUCUAUUGAGCUACACUUCAUCAUCGCAUUGUAUAUCACCGCCGCCGGGAUAUACAGAUAAUACACCCGAACAUCAACCGUACGGUUAUCAACAUAAUCAUGAUAUCGGCGGUGUCGGCGGUGGCGGUAUCGAUGGUAAGGCAUCGCCGGCCAUGACCUCGGCCUCCGAGUUUAGCUACUAUGAACCGGUACCGCCACCGGCACCCAGACAUGGACCGAAAAGUGUCCGAUCGAGCACCGGUAGUGAGGAUAAUAAUAAUCGUUUAUCAAAACCACGACUGUCCCGAUCCAGGGAUUCAAUACUAGAUGGCUAUUCAACAACAGCGUCGAGUAGGUCACCCUCCUAUCUGGACUAUGAGAUACCACCCCCGUUGCCACCCCGGCAUUUUUUACACAAUGAUGAUGAUGAUGGUUAUGGCGAUGCUGAUGGACAUAUGGAUAGUGGCAAUGGCAUCGCUAGUAGUAGUUUGGGUAGGAUUGAUGACUACUCGACUGGCAAUAAUAGAAAUAGUCAUACUAGCAGCUGCGAUACGGCUGGAUCACCUGUAGUAGCACCGUUAGUAGCCGAUGAUUAUGGACAACUACUAGUUAGGCGGCACCGGCAUCAUAGUAGUCAUCAAAAUAGCAACAAUAAUACAUACGAUACACAGCACCUGGACAUCAACCCGAGCCGACCCGAUUCACAGUCAUCGAUGGCCAGUAGCAGCAAUCGGUCGAGUUAUGGCCGGACAACCACCACUAGUACUACCGGUGCCAAUGGCUUAGUAUCUGUAAAGCCUAUACCGCCUAUGAAACCGCCGCGCAAAUCAAUAUCGCCGGUAAACAGGAGUCUAACAAUCAAUACCUAUGACUAUAGCACCGGUAGUUAUAGUAGUCGUCAGCAACAACACGAUAGGACACUAACGGGUCGUAAUUGUCAUAAUAAUAAUAAUAAUAAUUUCUGUGAUAAUAAUACUAAUACAACCAAUGAUAGUGAGAAGUUUAAUGAAAUUAAACGCCGACUGAUAGAGGAAUCAGAUUUUUCCAAACUAUACGACCAAAUAGCUAACGGUUCCGCUUCACCGAUACUGACCACUACUACUACCGGCGGCGGCAGCACUGGUAGUCCCCGGCCAUCAAGCGAUGGCUAUACUGUAGGUUCGGUCGACACGGGUAGUAUCGGUGGUCAACAACAUAACAACAAUAACAUCCGUCGUAUAAAACCGUCGGGUAUUACACCCUAUUUGCGAUCAAAGUCUGAACUACAGUCCACGUCGUCGUCUAAUAAAUAUAUUUACGAAACCAUUACUACCGCUACUACCGGUGCUGACGAUGAUGAUGAAGCUAACGGUGCUGCCGACGACGGUGAUGAUAGUACACUAAAAGCACCGGUGGUGGCCAUGCACUACAUGUGCGACAAUGGCGAUAUAUAUGCCAAACCUAAACGAUCAACCGUUCAGAUACCGGUUCAUUGUACGGCACCGGAUAGUAGCCAACUAUUGCUGGAUAAUAAUAAUAGGCGUUCCCGUUGUUUGAAUGGCAGCGGCGGCGGCGGCGGCACCGGUAGUUGUAGUAUUGGUGGACAGUCGACACCCGACUACGAGCCGCCCAGUCCUACCACUGCCCUGAAUGGCAUACAUGCAGUCAUUCAGCCCCUGUGUCAGGAGUAUAAACGUGUUAACGGCAACAAUCAUUAUCAUAACCACAAUAACCUACAGCACCGGGAUAUUGAAACCUUAACUGAGGAACAACUGUUUGCAUCAUUGGAUUCAAGCGGUUACGUUAGGCUAAGCUUAAGGAACGGUAGUUUCAAUAGCAGUAGUAGUGAUAACAACAACAAUAAUAAGAGAUCAGUGGCCGUCAGUACUGAUAUCAAUGGUUGUAUAUAUGAUUUGAAAUUCAAUAGUGGUUUGACUAUCGGUGCCAACAAUAGUAAUAAUAAUAAUAAUAGGCGUAGUGUUGUGUCGAGUGAUAAUCAUAUUAAGCGAAAAACUAAUAGUAAUAAUAAUAAUAUUAAUAAUAAUAAAACAAGUGUUUAUCAUAACUAUUGUGAAACAUUGAAAUUAGACAGAAGUGGCGAAAAAGAGAACCCAUUUGCCGGUUUAUGUCGGGGAUCAGUGACCAAUAGCACCGGUUGUGGCGGCCAGACAUCGACAGUACGCCGACGGGACGGUACGUCUAUUGACGGCAAUCAGCAAAAAAAAUCGCUUCUUCGCCGGCAAAGAAAUUUCAAUUGUUGUGAUAAUACUAAUAACAUAUAUUCAACACUCAAACGAACCAAACAUAAACAAAAAGCCAAAAGUAUGGACAAUAGCGGCACCGGCGGCGGCACCGGUAGUAUAGCCGGUGCUGGCAAUGGUGACCAUCAUUACCAUAGCGGCGGUAGUCGUAGUAGUAAUGCCAUGAAAAUAGCGGCCAAAUCUACCACUACUACUACUACUACUACUGGUGGUAAUCACCAGUCGUUUGACGACCUGUUGUCCGCGCCAUCCAUACGGACGACCACUAGUAGUACUGAUGACAACAACUCGAGGAUCAGUAGCCGAUUGUCCGGUAGUCCGUUGUUUGAUGAGAAUCACGAGUGGGCAGAGAUUGCUAGGAUUAUGGACUCGUUUGGGUCGACCAUCGGUCGGGAUAACAACACUACUACUACUACUACUACUACUACUACUACCGGUAGUAGUAGUGGUGGUGUCGUCGGCGGACUAACACAUAAUUUCAGCGAAGAUAUGGAUAAAUCGUUUUCCAGUUGUCUAUCAAAAGAGUCGUCGUCUACCGAUUUUGAGGAACAGUCGGUCGAGGAAUGGCUAUCAAGGAUAGGACUGUCAGAGUAUAGCAAUUUGCUAAUUGUUAACGGAUUUGAUAACGUACUAUAUAUGGGAUCAAACGUUAUGGACGACACAGAUCUACUUGAAAUCGGUGUAACCAAUGCCUCCCAUAGAGAUCGGAUACUAUUGGAGGCCAAACAACGGCUGCCUAUUGUCCGACAGUUGACUGCCGAUGAUGUCCAACAAGUAUCAGUCGACCAAUGGUUACUGUCAUUGAAACUAUACGACUCGUACGGCCAGUCGUUUGCCGAAAAUGGUUAUACAGAGAUGUCUAGAGUCCGUAAUCUAUGGGAAGUCGAGUUGAAUACUGUAUUGGAAAUCAAUCGAUUGGGUCAUCGGAAACGUAUACUGGCCUCCCUGGGUGAAAGGUUACGGUUGAUUGAGGAUCUGGGUCUCGAUGAUCUAGAUUUUGAUAAAUUGAAUCUCAAUAUAAGUCAACUAUCAGUGGAUGAAGGUUUGGAUACCUGUUCAUCGACAAUGACGGCUACAUCCCUGUCCACUAAUGCAUCCAUAGUAGGAGGACAGUCGACUAGUAGGACAGGGCAGCAGCAGUCGGAAACACCUAAAACUACUACUACUACUACUACUGAAUCAAAUAAACAACAAUCGGACAGUAGUAGGACAGGUAGUCAACAGUGGAAACAUACCAAUCGUGAGCUAAUUGAUAGUUCGUGUAAAUAUACGGCCAGUUAUUUGGGUUCAACAUUAGUCCGUGAACUCCGUGGUAUCGACUCGACCCGUGCGUCCAUACAGAAGCUCCGACAGUCGACCAAAACCAUCGGGAAAAUACCGCAAAUAAUACUAUCCAUAAGCUAUAAGGGCGUCCAGUUUAUCGAUGCCGUCACACAAGUGAUGGUAUGCGAGCACUCUAUACGUAAUAUACAGUGUAUAUGUCAGGACAGCGAAGAUCUCAAUCAUUUUGCUUAUAUAACCAAAGAGUUGGAAACAAACAAUCAUUAUUGUCAUGUAUUUUCAUCAAAUAAUACGGAUUUGGUAACCGAUGUCAUACUAACAUUGGGACAGGCAUUUGAAAUUGCCUAUCAAAUGCUCAAAGUACGCAUAAUAUUGGACGCCAUGAGGAAACUGCCGGCUGCACCACUACUGGCCACAACAACAUACCAGUGCCCACCACCACAACAACAACAACAACUAAAGCGUCGACACCAACAACACCUACAACAACAGGUUCGGCAUCAGUCGUACCCCCGAAGCAGUCGCCGGCACCGCAAAGGUUGGGCACUACAACGUCAGCAUCAAUUGCACCAACAAUUGGCGGCUCAAUACCGGUGGCAAUACCUACGAUACCUACGCAGCAGCCGAAGCCCAAACCCGUGUCCACCAUCGGCAGCAGCGGUAGCACCGGUAGACUACCGCAGCCCCAGCCGCCGGCCGUACCUAAGCAUACGGGUAUAAUAAAACCGACGCCAUCGCCAAAACCGUCGACAUUACCGAAACCAUUGUCGUCGGCGUCGUCGUCAAUGA